AUGAGUAGUACCCCAGUUUCACCAGUAACGGUCGUAGUUGGUUCUGGAUUGGCGGGCUUAACAACGACACUCGAACUUAUUACUCACAAUCACAAGGUGGUACUUUUGGAAAAAACUGACAGGCUUGGCGGGAAUUCUGCAAAGGCAUCACUGGGAAUCAAUGGAUGCCCCACAAUAUAUCAACACAAUGAAGAUACGGUUGAAGCUUUUAGAGAUGACACUAUAAAGUCUGGAAAAGGCUUGAGUGACUUAAAGUUGGUCGAUGUGCUAACUCUGCUGUCUAAGCAUGCAAUUGAAUGGCUUACUCAACAGAACAAAGUCGAUUUAUCCCUGGUUGCUCAACUCGGAGGCCAUUCAUUUGCAAGAACUCAUAAGGGUUCAGGCAAGCUUCCACCUGGUUUUGCAAUUAUCCAGGCUCUUAGUUCUAGAAUUACUGAAUUGCAAACUGCUGAACCAAACAUUUUGACAAUUUUGAAAAAUAGUCAACUAGAGAAAAUCAUUUACAAUCAGCCAAACUUGAAGGUCAAAGGUGUACAGUACAAGGAUGCAAAUGGAUCUAUGAAAACUUUGGAAACAACGAAUAUUGUUCUUGCCACGGGUGGGUUUGUUGCCGACUCUGAUCAACAAGCUCUCGAAACUUCCUUAUUAAAUAAAUACCGACCCGAUUUAUUAAAAUUCCCCACCUCGAAUGGCGAACAGACAACAGGCGACGGUCAAAAGAUUGCCGAGCGCGAUGUUAAUGCAGCCUUGAUUCACAUGGAUCAAAUUCAAAUACACCCCACAGGAUUUAUUAAUCCAAAAGAUGUUAAUUGUAAAUGGAAAUUCUUAUGUGGAGAAGUCAUGAGGGGUAUAGGUGGGAUUCUUUUAUCUCCCACUGGUGAAAGAUUUGUUAACGAGUUGAGCACAAGAGACAUUGUAACUGAAUACACUUUAGACAAUUGUGAGAUUAAAAGAGAAAACGAAUUAAAUUUGCCAGUAGGUUCAUUUGCUUCAGUAUUGGUUGUGAGUGAAGAUGAUGCCACCAAAGCCGCUAAUCAUGUUGGGUUUUACAAACACCAAGGUCUCUUGCAACAAGGUACAAUUACUGAUUUGCUUGAAUUGUUAAAGAAACUCGACCCGGAAAAUGCUAAGCUCACCAAGGAUAAAUUGCAGACGACUUUAGACGAGUACAAUAAUGCCAUUGUCGAGGGCAAGGAUGCCACGCUAGGAAGAACAGUUUUUGGACAUGUAUUCACUAAACAAUUCUUUUUUGGCCUCACAACCCCAGUGUUGCAUUUCGCAAUGGGAGGUGUAAAGAUCGACGAGCAUGCGAGAGUCUAUGACAAGAAGGACAAUAUUAUAGAGGGAUUGUAUGCAGUCGGUGAAGUAAGUGGUGGUUUGCAUGGAGGCAACCGGUUAGGAGGCAGCUCUCUUUUGGAGUCGGUAGUUUUUGGUAAACAGGCAAGUGCACAUAUCCUUGCACGAGUGGAGAGCAGAAAUCAUAUAUGA